CUGGCAGGGCCCCGCAGCGCGGCCGCGGGCAAAGCUUGGGCGGCGUCAGUGGGCGCGCGGUGCCGGCGGCGGCACUUUAAAGCAGCGUGUAAACUGAGAUGCGGCUGCAGAGCGCAGCGCGCCGGCCGCCACUCGGGCUCCAGCAGCUCCGGCUCCGCAGGCCCCGCUCCGGCGGCAAGAGCAGCAGCAGCAGCGCCCCGCGCCAGGGCAGGCAGCUUCCUUGCAGCAGCAGCUGGGUCUGCGGCCACUUCUUUCCCGGGCUGCGGCUGAGCCGGGCGAGCUUGUCCCACCUCCCGGCCGAAGCGGGGGCUGAAAUCAGGCGCGUCCCCGCCCGCUGGCACCAUGGACACCUCCUGCCCGGCCAGCGCGCUGCUCCUGCUCUGCUUGCUCGGGCUGCCCGCGGCUGGCGGCGGAGGCUUGGCGAGCCCCGCAGGGAGGCGGCAGAGGGGCUGCCCGGCGCUGUGUCAGUGUGAGCAGGACGGGAUGCUCCUCAGGGCCGACUGCUCCGACCGGGGGCUCACAGCGGUGCCCUCCAACCUUAGCCUCUUCACCUCCUACCUUGAUCUCAGUAUGAACAACAUCACUAAGCUGCCCUCGAACCCCCUGCACAAUCUCCGCUUCCUGGAAGAGCUACGACUUGCAGGAAAUGGCUUGACAUACAUUCCCAAGGGAGCAUUUGCCGGCCUUUUCAGUCUUAAAGUGCUAAUGCUGCAGAACAAUGAAUUAAAGCAGGUUCCCAAUGAAGCACUACAGAACUUGCGCAGUCUUCAGUCUCUACGCCUGGAUGCCAACCACAUCAACUACGUGCCACCCAACUGCUUCAGUGGCUUGGUCUCGCUUAGACACUUGUGGCUGGAUGACAACUCUUUGACAGAAAUUCCUGUGCAGGCUUUUCAGAGUUUACCAGCACUUCAAGCAAUGACAUUGGCAUUGAACAAAAUACAUCACAUACCAGACUAUGCUUUUGGAAACCUCUCCAGUCUGGUAGUUCUGCAUCUCCAUAACAAUAGAAUCUACUCCCUGGGAAAGAAAUGCUUUGAUGGGCUCCACAGCCUAGAGACUUUAGAUUUAAAUUACAACCGUCUAGAUGAGUUCCCCAUUGCUAUUAGGACACUCACAAACUUAAAAGAACUGGGAUUUCACAGUAAUAACAUCAAAUCAAUACCUGAGCAAGCCUUUGUGGGCAAUCCAUCACUUAUUACAAUUCAUUUCUAUGAUAACCCAAUUCAGCUUGUGGGGCAGUCUGCUUUUCAACACUUACCAGAACUCAGAACCCUGACUUUAAAUGGUGCUUCACAGAUUACUAAAUUUCCUGAUCUGACUGGAACUACAAGUCUAGAAAGUUUGACACUAACAGGAGCACGGAUCACAUCUCUUCCCAAAGUAGCUUGUGAUCAGCUACCUAAUCUCCAAGUGCUGGAUCUGUCUUACAAUCUGCUAGAAGAUUUACCCUGUUUUACUGCUUGCCAAAAACUUCAAAAAAUUGACUUACAUCAUAAUGAAAUCUAUGAAAUCAAGGCCGACACAUUUCAGCAGCUGGUCGCGCUACGUUCUCUGGAUUUAGCUUGGAACAAAAUUGCAGUUAUUUACCCUAAUGCAUUCUCUUCUUUACCAUCCCUGAUCAAACUAGAUCUGUCAUCCAACCUUUUGUCCUCUUUUCCUGUGACUGGGCUACAUGGUUUAACUCAUUUAAAAUUAACAGGAAAUCAUGACCUACAAAGUUUGAUAUCAUCUGAAAAUUUUCCAGAACUCAAGGUCAUAGAAAUGCCUUAUGCUUACCAGUGCUGUGCAUUUGGAGCUUGUGAAAGCCACUACAAAAUCUCCAGCCAGUGGAGCAAAGAUGAGAACAGCAGUGCUGAUGAUUUUCACAAGAAAGAUUCUGGAAUGUUGCACAUUCAAGAUGAACGUGACUUUGAGGAUUUUCUGCUUGACUUCGAAGAAGAUUUGAAAGCUCAUCAUUCAGUACAAUGCUCACCUUCUCCAGGUGCCUUCAAGCCCUGUGACCAUCUGUUUGGUAGCUGGCUAAUCAGAAUUGGAGUGUGGACCAUAGCGGGUUUGGCAUUUUUUUGCAAUGCACUGUUAAUUGCAACAGUCUUCAGAUCUCCACUGUAUAUUUCCUCUAUAAAACUUUUAAUAGGACUGAUAGCCAUUGUAAACACACUAAUGGGUCUGUCCAGUGGUGUAUUGGCCAGUGUGGAUGCAUUAACCUUUGGCAGCUUUGCUCAGUAUGGUGCUUGGUGGGAAAGCGGAGUUGGUUGCCAAGUCACUGGCCUUUUGUCCAUUUUUGCUUCAGAAACCUCCAUUUUCCUCCUUACUCUGGCAGCACUCGAACGUGGGUUCUCCGUAAAGUAUGCUACAAAGUUUGAAACAAAAUCCUCUCUUGCUAGUGUGAAAAUAGCCAUUUUCUUUUGCUUUAUAUUGGCACUGAUAAUUGCAGUGGUACCACUUCUCAGUGAGAGUAAAUAUGGGGUGUCUCCACUCUGUUUACCUUUGCCAUUUGGCGAACCCAGCUCUAUGGGUUUCAUGGUAGCACUGGUCUUACUAAAUUCACUUUGCUUUCUGGUGAUGACUGUUGCCUAUACAAAACUGUACUGUAGUUUGGAGAAGGGAGAGCUAGAGAGUAUUUGGGACUGUUCUACAAUCAAGCACAUAGCAUUGUUACUUUUUACUAAUUGCAUUCUCUAUUGCCCUGUGGCCUUCCUAACUUUUUCCUCCUUAUUAAACCUCACUUUUAUUAGUCCAGAAGUAAUUAAAUCCAUUCUUCUAGUGAUUGUCCCACUGCCUGCAUGUCUAAACCCGCUUCUUUAUAUAUUUUUUAAUCCACAUUUCAAGGAAGAUCUGGGAAGUCUCAGAAAGCAAACUUUGUUAUGGAGCAGAUCAAAACAUACAAGUCUGAUCUCUGUAAAUUCAGAAGAUGUAGAGAAACAGUCCUGUGACUCAACUCAAGCCCUGGUCACAUUUGCAAGUGCCAGCAUAUCAUAUGACAUGCCUACUAGCAGUUCACUAAUGCCAUCAUCUUAUCAAAUGACAGAAAGCUGUAAUCUUUCAUCGGUAGCUUUUGUUCCGUGUCACUAGUUUCAGGGGCAAAAAUAAAUGUAUGUAUGUUUACAGAUUUUUCAAUCCCAAAUGUAAGGUAAGUGUGUGUACGUGUGCUGGAGAGUAGAAUCAAAAGUGCUCUUGAUUAUUGUUACACACACUUAAAAAAAACUUAAAGAAAACAAGCAGCAAGCUGAAAUCCCAAAAUAUGAAGCCUGUCAGCCUGCUUAGGAAAUCUUAAAACCAGUUUUGUUUGGGAUGAAGAGGAAGCCUGAAAGCUGCUAGGAUAUAUAUAGUCAGCUUGGUUGUUCUCUUACAUGCCCUUCAGAAAAGGCAUCUGUCAGUCAAGAGCAAAAAUAAUAUAUUUUCUUGGAGGCAUUGCCAUUGUUUUAAUUGAGCUCAUUGAGUUAGAGUUUAAAAUGUUAAGAACAGAUUGUUCCCAAGAUGGGGUUGGUCAAGGUCCAUUAGUGCUUUUUUUAUGCUGUGAUUGUUUUUUAAAUGUGCCCAUCUAUGGCUUUGAUUCAGCAACGUAUUUAAACAUUUGCCUGGCUUGAAGCACAUAACCAAUCCCAUUAAAGUCUAAUAUAAUUUAAAAAAUAGAUCUUGUCAAAGCAAUUUGAUGCCAUUUUAAUGAGUAUGCAAGUUGGUUGAUAAUGACAAUAGUGUUGAUGUAAUAUAUUUACUCUUGUAAGGCAUUUGACUUUGUACUACACCAAUUUUGAUUACAAAACUAGAACCAUUACAAAAAUCUGUAUGUGCAUAUACAGGUUGGACCUCUCUGGUCUGGCACCCUGACCGGUCCUGAACGAGGGAAUUUGCUGGACCAGAGGAGGUCCUCUGCUGUUGGUUCCUCAGACCACCUUCCCUCCCCGCUGCUGACCCAGCCGCCCCCUCGUUGAGCUGCCAUGUUGCUGCAGCCCCAACAACCUGGACUGCCCAGCCCCACAAUCGAGGCUGCCAUAUCCCUGGCCCCACUGUCAGGGCUGCUGUGGCUGCCACAUCCCCAGCCCUGCCAGUGGAGCUUCCAGACAGGACUUCCUGGUCCAGGAACACCUAUGGGUCCUGCUGGACCAUGGCUGUUGCCAGAUGAGGGAGUCGCGGUUUUGGGAGGUCCAACCUAUAUAAAUAAGGGAGUAUCAAGUAGGAGUAGAGACGUUUUACUGCUUUUGGAUUUGGCACUGAUGUGAUCGCUACUGAAAUACUGUGUCCAAUUCAAAAAGAAUGUUGAAAAUUUACUAAGAGUUGUGGCGAAUUCUUCAUCAAUGGAAAUCAUUAAAUCAAGAGUGGAAGAUGUGCUAAAAGAGAUGGCCAAGUUCAAUACAGUUAUUGUACUUGAAGCUGGAAUUAAUUCAGGAAGUUUUGUCACUAGCGCUAUAUAGGUCAGACGAGAAGGGACCAUUGUGAUCAUCUAUUCUUAAGUUCUGUGACUCUAUGAAUCCCUUGCUGAAUCAAGGCCUAUAAAAUUAUGUCUCUCAGAACCUUGACAAUUAGACUAUGUCUACACAGCAGCAUUAUUUUGGAAUAACUGACGCUAUUCUGAAAUAACAUAGUGUGUGUCUACACUACAAGCAGUUAUUUCGAAAUAAUGGCGAGCAGGAGGACUUCUUACUCCAUCUCCUAUAACCCUCAUUUCACA